CUCUCUCUCAGCUCUCUCCCCACCACCGUUGUCCCCARCCUCCCCUCCUCUCCAGGAGGAUGUGCUACUGGGGGACCGAGGGUAUGGUCCUCCAACCAGGAGGUAGCUCUGUUCCAGACCCUGCAAGAGGCUCUGAGGGAGAUCGACCUGCCUGAAACACAGGACCUGCCACAGGGUGAGACCCGGGCUACGAUCACCCGGCUGAAACGUACAGGAUGACGCAGAUAGAAAUGUACCAGGCUAGAAAGACACUGGACGCUGUUUAUUACAAUCCCUAUGAAAUGGGAAUUGUGGCCGCUCUAUGACCUUACCUUUCUAUCUGCAACGCUCUGAAUGUUUGAACCACCUGAGUUAAGCCCCCAGGCCAGGUGAACCUAUCACAAACACUGGAUCUUAACCUGCACAGAGUCACCCAGACCAAGUAUGAGUCACUCUGAGCUGUGUGUCUGUGUUUUGGGAUCCCCCCUCCCCUACCUCUCUCUGCUGUUGGAGGCAGGCCAACGGAGCCCAGGAGAUGCUCUCCUGUGUCUUUCUCCGUCCUGGCUCUCUCACGCCUCCCCCUCCCUCCUGGUCCACAAGGCUGUCACCUUUGACCUGGGAGGGCGCACUUUCCUAUCCAACUUCAACCCGCCUCGCAAGGUCACCUACUUCCUGUCAUGUGACCCUUGGGCUGAGGAGGAAGUGACCCGGGAGACAGACUGCCCAAGCGGAGGUUCUGGCGCACUGUGUCGAUUCUGGGGGGAUGUUCUGACCGCCAGGGUUCUGCUGCAAAAGGCCAAGAUCCACUGCCCCCCGACGCUGGCCUUACUGUUGCCCCCGGGACAGAUGGGGCUGGAGGAGGGCAGGACAGGAGGGGUGGAGGUGGUGCACCUGGAAAAGGGGGUGGAGGGAGGGAUGAACUCCAUUCGAAACAAGGUGGACUCUUUCCUGGAGUCUGAGGAUAUGAAGGGAUCUGAGAGUGUGGUGCUCAGGCGCAGUGGUGGGACGUUCGUGGGCGAGGCAACCUCACCCCCUGUCUACCUGUCUAGGAACAACAGGGAUGAGGUCUGGGCCAAGGUAGGUUAUCUCCUGCCCCAGCUCCUCCCUGGAGAGGCAGUGCUGCUGGAGGCCUACUGCUCCCCACUGAAGCCUGGGCCGCGGGUAGAGGACCGCACCUGGGAACAGUACACCGACUGCAGGCCUCAGGUUCCAGACCUGUCCUUCAGACUGUGUGCCAUCGUAAGUCGCUCACCUCUGGACCUGCCUCUCCUCUACAAGUUGGUGUGUAGAGUGGGUGUGUCCGACACCCCUCUCUCUCACAGCCACUCCCUCUCUCAGUCCUUGGAGACCACCCUAUUAGAGUGCGGUUUCACUGACCCUACCAUGGCAACUUCUCUCCAUCGCUUAGCAACGGACACCGCCCUGUCCUGCCUUCGUGUUGUCAUGGAAACAGAGUCAAGCAUGUCCGCGGAACUGCGUGGUGGAGCGGGCGCCCAGACCGACAUGAUAGGCGUAGACCUCCUCUUCACCAUGGAUGGUUACAUCAUCAGCCCUGUUGUCCUUGGCCUCCACCCCUCCCUCUGUCUCCGCUCCUCCUUCCCGGAGCAAGGGAUGGGGCUGGAGGGACGUGACAGUGGGAUAGAGGGGUGGAGUAGGGGCACCCUCCUCCUCACCCCCCUCCUCCGCUCCCAGUACUACCUGAUGCAGGAGAAGACUGUGCUGGUGGUGGGAGCUGGAGGACACAGUAAGAAGUUCAUUUGGGGAGCAGCCAAAAAGUACAAACUCAAGAUCCUGCUGGUGGACUGUGACCCCACCCACUUCGCCUCCCAGUUGGUCGACCACUUCCUGCCCCUGCCAGACCUGCCCGACCACCGCCGUGACGACCAGCACUGCUCCCGCAUUUGUGAUUGGCUGUUGUCCUCUGGGCUCCGCCCUGAUGGCUGCGUGUGUUUCUGGGAUGACUGCGUGGUGCUGACGUCUCUGGUCUGUGAUAGGCUGGGGCUCAGGGGGCCUCCCCCCGAGGCCAUCCGCAUUGCGAAGGAGAAGAGCCGCACCCACAGGCACCUCCUGGGCUUACUGAAGUCUACUGGGACUAACCUGACCAGUGUUGAGCAACCCUCCGGUCAGGCGGAUGGCCUGGUUGAGUUUAGAGAAGGUGAGAGGAGAGGCAGACAGCAGAACGGUAUGGUCAACGGCAUGGUCAACAUGGAAGGGGAUAGCAUGAGAGCUAUGGCCGAUUUUGACAGGGGGGAUCUCUUCAAUGAGGCAAUGGGCAAACCCGACACUACCGCCCCUACCUCUUCAUCCGCCUCAGCCUCCUCGUCCUUCUCGCUGUCCUUCGGCACUUUCCGGCCCUCCGCUCCCCUCCUUUCUCCCUCCCCUUCUUCCUAUGCUGUUCCCUGUAUCCAUGUGGAGAGCGCCCUGGAUCUGGAGAAGGCAGCYAGUGGGGGGGAGGGSGGGCCUGGUGGGGCCAGUGUAGGGGUGGUGAGGUUCCCUGCCRUCAUGAAGCUGGAGUAUGGGGCCGGGGCGGUGGGCGUGAGGAAGGUGGGCUCUCUGGAGGAAAGCCUGGCACACUUUGAGAGGAUUGGAGGGGACCUCCGCGAGGAGACAGACUACCCUGGCAUUGGCCUGGGCUGGGGCAACGCCAUGACCCUCAUGGAGUACGUGGGAGGCACAGAGCACGACGUGGAUGUGGUUCUGUUCAAGGGGCGACUGGAGGGCGCUUUCGUGUCCGACAAUGGCCCCACCCGUGCCCCGGCUUUCACCGAGACGGCCUCCCAGAUGCCCUCGGGGCUGGCGCCGGACAAGCGUGCUCAGCUGAUUCGCGCGGCGCACCACGCCUGCCUGGGCUGCGGCCUACAAGACGGCGUGUUCAACGUUGAGCUGAAGAUGACAGAGGUGGGCCCGAGGCUCAUCGAGAUCAACGCCCGCAUGGGCGGCUUCUACCUGCGCGACUGGAUCCGCCAGCUGUACGGCGUGGACAUCCUGAUGGCCGCCUUCAUGGUGUCCUGUGGGGUGCGUCCGUGCCUGCCCUCGGCCACAGCGCUCCCAGCCAGAGGCCACUUUGCUGGGGUGAUGGUUGUGGUGUCCCAGCACCUCCAGGCCCUGAGAAGCACAGCCAGCCCUGAGCGCCUGCGAGGACUGCACCAGGACGGGGCGCUGUGGCUGAACGAGCUGGCUGAGGAGGAUGAAUUGAUCUCUGGGGAGUACGAGGAGCCCUUCUGUAAUGUCGGGGUGAGAGACGCCCACAACGCYGCCAACGCUCGCCAGCGCCUCCUCGCCAUCUGCCAGGGGCUAGGCCUGCACUGUCCUCCACGCUACGACCUGGGGUACUUCCUGUCCCACUUCAAUUAGACAGGAAGUCAGGUGGGAGAAGCACCUGGGGUUUGUUCAGGAGGGUGCAAUGUUUAGAUUUUACUCACAGAUCAAAAUAACACAAAAAUCGAUUCCCUAUUCUGCAUGACAGAGAAGCAUAUGUGUUUUAGUCCUGUCUAAAUGUUUGUUCCUAACAUUGGACCCUUCUGAAUAGAACCCAUGUUUAGCACGUGUAUGCUUUGUGCGGGUGUUUUUUUURUACUAGGGGCAAGGGUUAGUUUAGUUAGCUUAAAAGGUACAUCACAGCAAGAAAAAAACACUCAUGUUAUAUCAAAACAUAUCUCACUACCUUUCAAAAUUUUAGGGACCAUCUCAGGAAUACAAGUUUCAAAAAGGUAUCAUCUUCAGUGAUUAGUCGAGAAUAGGGUAUGGGUGUCGUAUCUAUCUACCAGGGUUCAGGAAGUGAUUUAAAUAAAACAAUUGAAAAAACGUUUUCAAUAAAUAGCUUCUACUUCUCAUUUUAUUGAGAAGUCAUWAAAAAAAAUAGAGGCCCUUGGUUAAAUUAUUGAAUUAGUAUGUUGGUUAACUUCCUGAAUUGACAGCAUUCAAUUCGAAUUGAACCCAACCCUGCUAUCUAUUAGGUUGUGGUAUCAGCAGUCUACUCAACUGGGUCGUUYCACAAAAUGAGUGCCUUUUGUGUCCCUUUGAUAUUUUAAGUAGUGCACAAAUAUUGAAUUUUAAAAGCCUGUCCUAUUAAAUGAAGUGCCAUUUAAAAGUCAUUUCUGAAGAGUAWUAUUUAUUUCAUGUAAUUAGUGAUUUMAUUUUAAGUAAAAUACCUGGCGACCAAUAUUUAGCGGCGAUCCAAAUGCUGAUGACUACAACGCCCCUCAUCACCACAAUCGACUUCAGUGAUGGCAGUCUCAUACUAAAGUAUGUAGGGAACGACAGAGCAGCGGAAUAAUUUAGUGUGGGUCGUCAGGCUACAAAAAAACCCGUCCCUAAUUUUAAAGUCAACCCUGUUGCCUGAACUGAUCUCUCGUUCUAAUUGGUGAAACUAUUAAUUUUUUAAAUAUAUUAAACGGAUGAGCUGGUUCUAUUCUUUUUGGCCAUUUUCUGGUGUUUUGUUGUGGAAMAKUUAGCUGGUUGAGCAUAACAUGUCAACCCUKUUACCCAUAGAUGAAUCUAACGUAAUAGGCUUAAAAGAAACACCUGAGUGGCGUUUCUUUCUUUCUGGUCCUGGUGGGAAGAAAAAAACUGUCGGGGGAGGUCCUCUUUGGACUGUUGAACCAGUCCAGUAAAUGUGGAGGAGUUAAGAUGUCUUGUCGCCGUGUUAACGUCGAAAAGUUAACGUCGAAAAGCAGAAGUCGCAACACAGGCCCUCUUUCCAUUUCCCUUGAAAAACGGAACCAUCCAUUUAACCGACCCCGCAAAGGGUGCCCAUAGAGAGAGACAAUUUAGAAGGGAAAAAAUUACAUUUUUUUUAUAUUUUUUAUUGUGAAGCUUGCAUACAAUUGCCCCUCCCUGUUGCACGCAACAAGCUUCCAUUCCCACUGUCACGAGGUGAUUUAUGGCUGAUUUUUAAGAUGAAGUUGUCAACCCUGUCCCUUUAAUAGGCACUUACUAUAGUCAUUUUUUUGAGAUGGAUGUUUUUCAUUAAGUUGAACAUGUGCUCUUUACGACAAUCUUAAAAUGGAUGAAAUAAGUUUUUUUGUUCACUAAGUUGCACUACUCAAAAGGCACCUAAUUGGUGGAACGACCCUACUACAUUAUAAUCCAGCCAUAGACGUUGAUUAAUAGCCUGCACACUGAACACAUAGCAGUCCAGGGUUGGAGGGGGUUGUUAUAUUACACAUACUGUAGGUCAGUGUUGUUAGCUAAAUAGUUAUCUGAAGGAAGAGCAGAAGAAGAUUUUGAGGAAGGGGGUUUGAGGAGAGCAGUACAAUAGCUGGAACAGGUGGACAGGGGUGCUGAUUGCGGAACCUUCUAAAUCCUGGCUCAGAGGUGAUGUCUGCGGGGUCGGCGCGUUUGAACUACUUGGAAAAUGUGGAAUUCUGGAACUCUGCCUCCCUCAUUCUUAGUUAGAGGUCGUGKGAAAGUUCAUGUCUAAAUUAGCAAGGUUGAGGUGAAAGGUUGUUCCACCCCAAAAUAAGUAACUUAAAGAGUACGGAAAUGGAGAUUUAAUUACGCCACAUACUCACACCCAUUUUUCCCCGGCUUAGCAGUGUGUUAUUUUGUUAUGGAAGUCAUUUGAGGCAGUUUCACCAUUGCAAAUGCGUUGACCCCGGAACAAGACCUCAUCUUGGCAGUUAGUGUCUGUGGUGUGGCAUUUGCGGUGUGGUGUCAGGUGUACUCAGUAGGCUUGAUGAAACUGAGAUGCCAUCCCUCAGUACCCCCCCAGACAWGGGUUAAGGAUUUCCUGCUUCUUCUGUUUCUGAUUGUUUAUGUAUUUCUGAGGUAAUAUUUGGGAAUUAUAUAGUAGCAGACACUUCUGACUUUUCUUCAAAAAGGAGGUGUGACAGGAAAGUUAAAGAAUAAAACAACCGAGACAGAUUACAUYACUAAAACCAAAACAAAAAAUCCCCAAAUCCAAACUUUUGUAUUAACUUAAUAUGUAAUAUGUGUUCAUGUUGUCAUGUUUUGUUAAUUGCUUUAUUUGUUAAGUUUCAAUGCAUCUGAUUAUGAAUGUGUUAUUGAUAUGUAACAUCACAGAUAUGAAUGUAAUGUUUAGAUUAACACAUUGUUUUACAAAUAUAUGCGUCAUAAAUAAUUUCACCAUAUGCGAGCAAUGGAGAACAAGGCCUUAAAGUUAACACAGAUUUAAAGUGAUUUUUCUGUUCCUUAGUUAUAUUGACAAACAAUAACUGGUGUGGAAAUUACUUUUUCUUUAACAAAGUUUUGAAUCAAGAUCAAGUGUUUUGAUUCAGCUACUGUUCUGAUUCAAAUGUAAAUGUACAUUUCCUGUGUUAUGUAAAAUACAAUAAACAUUCAAAUCAACAGAC